CACGCUCCACCACCACGGUUUUUUAGCAGAUUGUUUCAUCAUUAUCAUCUUCAUCAUCGUUUUCGCGCUUUAUCUCAGUUCGCAACAACUCUUUCUAUUGCCAAACCUUUCAUCUCGUGUUCUCGCCGGAGUUCACUCCUCCCAAUGGACGGAGAAACCCUCGCCGCCGGUCAUUCCUCGCCGGAGCACGUCUCCGGCGAGUGGCACUCCGUGCCGGAACUCCGGCUGCGAGAUCACCGGUUCACCGUUCCUCUUGACUACUCUGUGGGCCAUCAUUCUUCUCCCAAGAUCUCCGUUUUUGCUCGUGAAGUUGUUGCUGUUGGGAAGGAAGAGCAAACAUUGCCAUAUUUAUUAUAUUUGCAAGGUGGACCUGGGUUUGAGUGCCAGCGGCCAACUGAAUCCAGUGGAUGGAUUCAAAAAGCUUGUGAAGAGUUCCGUGUCAUCUUAAUGGAUCAGCGAGGAACAGGGUUAUCAAGUCCCUUGACUGUGUCAUCAAUGUCACAAUUCAAGUCUGAUGAUGAAUUAGCUGACUUCUUAAAACAUUUUCGAGCUGAUAAUAUAGUAAACGAUGCAGAGUUUAUUCGAGUACGCAUUGUUCCAGAUGCUGGACCUUGGACAAUUUUGGGACAGAGCUAUGGUGGAUUUUGUGCAGUAACGUAUUUGAGUUUUGCACCACAAGGACUGAAGCAAGUCCUUUUAACAGGAGGAAUUCCUCCAAUUGGAGAUGGAUGUACUGCAGAUUCAGUGUACAUAGCAGGCUUUGAGCAAGUUAUACGUCAAAAUGAGAAGUACUACAAGAGAUACCCUCAGGAUAUUAAAAUUGUUCAAGAACUUGUUAAUUAUUUAGCCGAAAAAGAAGGAGGAGGGGUGUCCCUUCCAUCUGGGGGCAUCUUAACCCCAAGAGGGCUGCAGACUCUUGGUCUCUCUGGCUUAGGAUCUGGAGCUGGUUUUGAACGCAUGCACUAUAUGUUUGAGAGAGUGUGGGAUCCUACAUUAGUUCUGGGGGCACCAAAGAGAUUAAAUUACUUCUUCCUAAGUUCUUUUGAGAAGUGGUUAAGUUUUGAUACUAAUCCACUCUAUGCUAUUCUUCACGAGUCCAUCUAUUGUCAGGGUUCUCCUAGUAGAUGGUCUGCUAGUAGAAUAAGGACUGAAGUUGAAGACAAGUUUGAUGCUAUUAAAGCUGCCAGAGAAGGACUUCCUGUACUUUUUACAGGAGAGAUGAUUUUCCCAUGGAUGUUUGAUGAGAUUCACGCCUUGAAACAAUUUAAAGAUGUAGCUCAUAUAUUGGCAGAGAAGAAGGAUUGGUCCCCACUAUAUGACGUGCAGGUUCUGAAAAACAACAAGGUACCCGUUGCUGCUGCCGUUUACUACGAUGACUUGUACGUGAAUUUUAAGCUGUCCAUGGAAACAGCUUCUCAAAUAGCAGGGUUUAGGCCAUGGAUAACUAAUGAGUUCAUGCAUUCUGGCUUGCGUGAUGAUGGGAGCAAAGUUCUUGAUCAUUUGUUGGGAAUGUUAAAUGGAAGGAAACCUCUAUUUUGAUCACCAUUGCAACUCUUGUCAAUGCUGACAGGUCUUUGAAUUUUGAACAUUUUAUUUUCUUCUGAAUUUAUGUAAUCUUCAAUUCUUAAGAUUAAACUGUAAGAUAGUACUUAUAUUUCUUGAAAUAUCUGUCAGGU